AUCACUACGAAACAUUUUCUUUUCAAUUUCAAGCGGUCUUACUACACUAUAGUCCAUCAACGAUUUAGGCAGUCAUUGUAAAUUUUUAUUUAUUAUAGAGAAAUUUAUAACAUUUUUUCUAUAAAUGGCAUUCACUAGCGGUGGAUCGAAAAAAAAAAUAUGCUACUAUUAUGACGGAGAUGUUGGAAACUAUUAUUAUGGACAAGGUCACCCAAUGAAGCCUCAUCGUAUACGAAUGACACACAAUUUACUUUUAAACUAUGGCUUGUAUAGAAAAAUGGAGAUAUAUAGACCACACAAAGCACCAUUUGAAGAACUUACAAAAUAUCAUUCAGAUGAUUACAUCAAGUUUCUACGUACUAUAAGACCUGAAAAUACAUCAGAGUUUAAUAAACAAAUGCAACGCUUUAAUGUUGGAGAAGAUUGUCCAGUGUUUGAUGGCUUAUAUGAGUUUUGUCAGAUUUCAACAGGGGGCUCUGUUGCUGGAGCAGUAAAACUUAACAAGCAACAAGCUGAUAUCGCAGUAAAUUGGGCUGGUGGACUCCAUCAUGCAAAAAAGUCAGAAGCAUCUGGAUUUUGUUAUACAAAUGAUAUUGUUCUGGCAAUCCUUGAACUUUUAAAGUAUCAUCAACGUGUGUUAUAUGUUGAUAUAGAUAUUCAUCAUGGAGAUGGGGUUGAAGAAGCAUUUUAUACCACCGAUCGUGUUAUGACAGUAUCUUUUCAUAAAUAUGGUGAAUACUUUCCUGGAACUGGUGAUUUACGAGAUAUUGGUGCUGGAAAAGGAAAAUAUUAUGCUGUAAACUUUCCUCUACGUGAUGGAAUUGAUGAUGAUGCAUAUGAAAAGAUAUUUCAGCCUAUAAUAACUAAAGUAAUGGAAGUUUAUCAACCAAAUGCUGUUGUGUUACAGUGUGGUGCUGAUUCAUUGUCAGGAGACCGGCUUGGUUGUUUCAAUUUAUCAUUAAAAGGUCAUGCAUCAUGUGUAGCAUUUAUUAAAAAGUUUAAUCUUCCCUUGCUAAUGCUUGGUGGAGGAGGAUACACAAUCCGUAAUGUUGCACGGUGCUGGACAUAUGAAACAUCAGUUGCGCUUGAUGCUGAUAUACCUAAUGAACUACCCUACAAUGAUUACUUUGAAUAUUUUGGACCUGACUUCAAGUUGCAUAUUCAGCCAUCAAAUAUGCAGAAUCAAAACACUACAGACUAUCUAGAUAAAAUCAAAACUCGGCUAUAUGAAAAUCUUAGAAUGAUACCUCAUGCUCCCGGUGUUCAGAUGGCGCCUAUUCCUGAAGAUGGAGUUCAUGAAGAAAGUGACGAUGAGGAAGAAAAUGCUAAAUCCUCUGACCAAAGAAUUUCAAUACGAGCAUCUGAUAAGCGUAUUGUGAAUGAAGCUGAAUAUUCAGACUCGGAAGAUGAAGGAGAAGGCCGGCGUGAUGAAAAGUCUUAUAAAACACCAAGGAAAAAAAUUAAACCAGGAAGCCCAAUUACUACCAUGGUUAUGGAUUCAAUAAAAACGACAGAGAAAGAAGUUUCGAAUCAACCCAUCAAAGAUAAUGAGAACGGAAGUUCAUCAGACAAUUCUUUAUCAGAAAUUCCUGGAAAAAGUGUAGCUGAUUUAGCUGUUGCCGCUACACCUAAUAGUGAAGGAUUGGUUUCAAUUAUCAAUAACCAAUCAAAACCAGAUAUUGAAGCCAUGGAAAUCGAUCAAUCUGUUGAAAACUCACUGAAUGAUCUACCUAAAAACGAAGUUAAAAGUUCUGUUGCAGAGAUUUCUUCAAAUACCCAGCCUUCGUUUGAGGAUACAAGCACUUGAAAAGUAGAUAUUGAUUUGUGUAUCGACUGAUGAAUGGCCUGUUAAGUGAAGAUGAAAUUGUAAGCAGUUGAAAUAAUUUUAUGCUCCUAUUUGGUUGAAUGUUUCGAUUGUGGCAAGUGUGCGUGUAAAGGCAUACAUUAUGAACUAGCAAUUUUCAUAUUAAGACAUUGCGGAACAAAUAAAGUUACUUGAUUUGGAUAUCGUCGUUGUUUUUGUAAAACAUUUUAAAUUGUUUUAAUAAGACUCCGCCAUUACUUUAGAUUUGUAACAUUUAAUAAAGAAGUCUGUUGAAUGUAUUUUUGAAAUAAAUUCUACUUGCGAACUAUUUAUUUUAA